AUGCUGGCCCAGGCCCGGUACGAGACCAAGCAGGAGAGGUGGAGAGCACAGGCGGAACCACCGAAACCGCAAAGAGGAACACCGCAGGACCAGCCACAGGAACCGCCCCAGGAGAAACCCCCCCACAAGCCCCUGACGACACCAUCCCUAGACGACGACGAGGUCGACCCAUGCGACGCCCCCCUUCCCCCUCGACAACCCCCUCGACCAACUCCCCAUCGCCACUCGACUCCGACGACGACUUCUAGACGGCCCCCCAGACUCCCAGCCCCUCCCUUAAAGACCUCAUCGGAACCCUCGCCCUACUUCCCCUACAGGUUAGACCAACAGCCCCCACCCGACGCUCAAGGACCACACCCCCAAGACCCAUGA